UGCAGCCUCUUUCCCGUGCCUUCCCUCCUUUCUCCGUUUUCAUCUCCGGAAUUUUUUCAAGCUCCUCCCUUUCGAUAAGCUCGAGCUACUUCUUCGUCGUCGUCGUCUAUGGCGUCUCUGCCGUCUCCGCCUGACGAAGCGACCGCCGCCUACCUUCACCGCCACCCCAAGAGGCUCUCCUCUAAUGGCGCCGCUGAACCCGCCUCCGAUUUCUCCAAGAAGCCAAGAGUCUGCCCUCAAUCUUUGAAUUUAAUUUCCCCCUCCGAGGUCGAAUCGGAGUUCUCGCACCAUGAUCCUACCUUCGCGCGAAUCAAUAACGGUAGCUUCGGAUGCUGUCCGGCUUCCAUUCUCGCGCUCCAGCGGGAGUGGCAGCUACGGUUCCUUCGUCAGCCUGAUCGGUUCUAUUUCGACGAUCUCAAGCCCAAUAUCGCCGAAUCAAGGGCUGUGAUCAAGCGGCUCAUCAACGCUGACCACGUCAACGAGAUCUCCAUCGUCGAUAACGCCACCACCGCAGCCGCAAUCGUUCUUCAGCAGACGGCUUGGGCCUUCCGUGAGGGACGGUUCCAGAGAGGCGAUGCCGUGGUGAUGCUCCACUACGCCUACGGCUCCGUCAAGAAGUCUGUCGAGGCUUACGUCACGCGCGCCGGUGGUCAGGUCAUCGAGGUACAGUUGCCUUUCCCUGUCGUCUCGGCGGAUGAAAUCGUGGGUCGGUUUAGGAACGCUCUAGAGACAGGUAAAGCAAACGGUAGGAGGGUUAGGUUAGCUUUGAUCGAUCAUGUGACUUCAAUGCCGAGUGUUGUGAUACCCAUCAAAGAACUUGUGAAAAUCUGCAGAGAGGAAGGUGUUGACCAGGUGUUUGUGGAUGCUGCCCAUGGAAUUGGGUGCGUUGACGUUGAUAUGAAGGAGAUUGGUGCUGAUUUCUACACAAGUAAUCUUCACAAAUGGUUUUUCGCACCGCCUUCUGUCGCGUUCCUGUACUGUAAGAAAUCGAACAAUGACUCUCCUGAUUUGCAUCACCCUGUCGUGUCGAGCGAGUACGGAAACGGGUUGGCCAUAGAGAGUGCGUGGGUGGGAACUAGGGAUUACAGUGCUCAGUUAGUGGUUCCUUCGAUCUCGGAAUUCAUCAACCGUUUCGAAGGUGGGAUUGACGGCAUAAAGAAGAGAAACCACGAGGCCGUGGUUGAAAUGGGUCUGAUGCUUUCUAAAGCUUGGGGCACUCAGCUUGGUUGCCCGCCUGAGAUGUGCGCUAGUAUGAUCAUGGUCGGUUUGCCUUCAUGCUUGGGUGUUACCAGUGAUUCGGAUGCUUUGAAAUUGAGAACCCUUUUGAGAGAAAGGUUCAGCAUUGAAGUCCCAAUCUACUUCUGCCCACCUAAGGACGGAGAGAUUGAUCCGAUCACAGGCUAUGCACGGAUUUCUCAUCAGAUUUACAACAAACCCGAUGAUUACUACAGGUUCAGGGAUGCAAUCAACGAGCUUGUCAGAGACGGUAUUAGAUUCACAUAUCUGACAAAAUGAAACAGGACAUAAGCUUCCGGGCAAAUAAAAGCAUCUGAGAUUGUCAUGGUUUAGGUGCCAUGUGGUCUGUGAGAUUGGCAGAGCAGAACAAGCAAUGGUGUAGCCUCUUCCGAGGUUCAAAGUCAUCCGUUAACACUCUCGUGCAACAUCAACAUCAAGUUCUGCUUGUGCGGUCAUGUGGAAAGCUCGCAAGGCCUUUAGCUCUGUUCCAGAUUUUAGGGUCCUUAGGAACCAUUUGUGUUGAUAAGUGACGGAAUGAGACAGUUGUCGGAGUAUGUCAAUAAGCGGGGUCGAGUGGAAAGCAAACUGCUGUUUCAUAACAAAUUUGUCGGCAUUAGGACCGCAUUCUGGUUAAAUCUAACAUGUGGGUUUGGUUGGAUCA